AUGAUUAGGCGAUCUAACUUCAAAUACCUAGCAUUAACCUUGGUUGUAAUAUACCUCCUUCAUUGGUUAUUUACAACGUUUGAUCCACAACUAGAUUUGUCUGAACUACCAUCACCCGAAAACGGUUUGAAGAUAGUUCCAUUACCACCAAACGAAAAUCCUGGACAUCCUAAACAAAAUUUAUCUAGACAAAUAGGAAAAGCGAAUGCAUGCUUUGUAAUAUUGAUUCGAAAUGGUGAUUUGCAUGACUUUAGACCGACGAUGAGACAACUCGAAGACAGAUUUAAUCGUCAUUAUAACUAUCCAUAUGUGUUUUUGAAUGAUGUUCCGUUCACCGAAGAGUUCAAGAAAUUUACGAGUGCUCUAACUAACGCAAAAACUGAAUAUGGUUUGAUUCCGGAAAAACACUGGAGUAUUCCGAGCCAUAUAGAUAAGAAACUUGUCGAACAAAAUUUAGAAAAAAUGAGAAAUGAAAUAUUAUACGGUGGUAGUUUACCUUAUCGUCAUAUGUGCAGAUUUGAAUCUGGGUUCUUCUUUCGACACGAAUUGUUGGAUAAAUAUGAUCACUAUUGGCGUGUCGAGCCUGGUGUUCAAUUCUAUUGUGAUAUCGAUUUUGAUCCAUUUGUUUAUAUUAGAGAUCGUGAUAUUAAAUACGAAUUUAUCAAAGAAUAUCCACAAUACAUUGAAAAAGAUAAUCUAAUGGAUUUUAUAUCAUCAGAUAACGGCGAAACAUGCCAUUUUUGGUCAAACUUUGAAAUCGGUGAUUUGAAUUUCUGGAGAGGUGAAGCAUAUACACAAUACUUUAAUUACCUCGAUAAAAAGGGUGGAUUCUUUUACGAACGUUGGGGUGAUGCACCUGUUCACUCAAUAGCUGCCGCUCUUUUCUUGAAGAAACACCAAGUACAUUUUUUCAAUGAAAUAGGAUAUAAGCACGAACCUUUCACCCAUUGUCCUAAAGAUGAAAAAUUACAACUUAGAUGUCAUUGUAAUCCCGAUGACAGUUUUGAUUUUGAUGGGUAUAGUUGUACCGGAAAAUAUCUCGAUUUGAUAUCAAAAUCAAAACUUGAAAAACUUCAGGAUAAUAAGUAA